AAUCUCAUGAAUCAAUUCAACCCUCCUCCUCCUCCUCCUCAACAACAACAGCAUCAAAAUCAAAAUGUAGUCUCCACUGGCCUACGCUUAUCCUUCUCUUCUCAACAAAGACUACAAUGGCAGCAAACUUCUUCUCUAUUAUCCCAACAAUUAGCAGACCAAAUCAAACAACAGAGACACGAAAUUGAUCAAUUCCUACAAGCACAGGGAGAGCAAUUGCGCCGUUCAUUAGCGGAUAAGAGACACAACCAUUUCCGCGCCCUCAUAACCGCCGCCGAGGACACAUUAGCGCGACGCUUGAGGGAUAAAGAAACAGAGGUUCACAAAGCCACGCGCCGCAACGCUGAGUUAGAGGCACGCGCCGCGCAUCUUACAGCCGAGGCUCAGCUUUGGCAGGCCAAGGCAAAAGCGCAGGAAGCCACCGCCGCUUCCUUGCAGGCGCAGCUCCACCACGCCAUCAUGAAUGCCGCCGCCGGAGGAGGAGCCGGUGCUGCAGGUACGGCGGAUGACGCCGCCGCGGGGGUAAUGUCGUGCGCGGAGGACGCCGAGUCGGCCUACGUUGACCCGGAGCGAGUGGCGGCGGCAGGUCCAAGGUGCCGCGGGUGCGAGAGGCGCGUAGCGACGGUGGUGGUGCUGCCGUGUCGACACCUUUGCGUUUGCGGCGAAUGCGAGAAGCAUUUCCGUGCUUGCCCCGUUUGUCUCACCGUUAAAAAUUCAACCGUUGAGGUUUUUCUUUCUUAAUCCCAAUUUCAUAGGUUUCGUUGCACAAAAAAAUAGUAAAAAGAAAAAAAGGUAUGUA